AACGAAAUAUUCACGCUGUAGUCAGAGGCAUACCCGCAAUGUUUUCGGAACAGGAGGUCAAAGGGGAAUUAGAAGAGAGGGGAUAUACUCCUCUCCACACUAUCCGACUCAAACGCAGUGGCGGCGCACCCAUGCCUUUGGUGGUCGUAAUACUACCCAAGAUUGAAAAGUCCCAGCAGCUGUUCAAUGAACAUGAGCUGCUGGAUGAGAUAGUGGAAGAAGACCAAUAUAGCAGCGAUUCUGAACAAUCUGAAUGUGACAGUGAUAUGAACUUGGGAGACGUCUUCCAACGGCAAGAUGAUGACCAGUUCUUUAUAGGAAAAGAUCAAGAGACGAUUUGGAAAAGUACUCCUCUACCUUCUGCGAAAACUGCAUCAAAAAAUAUCAUCAAAUUGCUACCAGGUCCCAGAGCAGCCGCUAAAAAUACUCCCAAAGAAAUAGAUGCUUCCAAUGUAUUUAUCACAGAAGAUAUGAUCGAAGAUAUUGUUACAAAUACUAACAUAUAUAUUCAAAAAAAGAGGUCUGAUGUUGAAUAUUCUAGGGCCAGCGAUUGCCGUGAUAGAAGAAUUAAGAUCAGAGCUUUGUUUGGUGCUCUAUAUUUUGUCGGCAGAAAAUAA